AAUAAACGUCACACCAUAGACCAACAUGUAAAGAAAAAUAAUAAAGAAAACGUAAAAAGCAUUUUCCAAAUGUUUCGUUAAAAACCAUAGACAUAUAACUUCGACAAUAGUUGACAGUUGUGUUCUUUGGAUGUGUUGUCAAGUAAGGUGUCGUUUAUAAUAAUGCGAUAAUCCGCGUAAAUUCCACAAAAAUGUCCGAAAAAAUAUGCAGAUUAUGCUUAGGUCAGGCUGUAGUGAGUUAUUCGCUGCUGGACGAAAAUGGAAUGGAAAUGCUGGAGGCCUUAAUAAAUAUUAAGGUCACAGAACAAGAAAAAAACGCUACUACAGCCUGUAUUAAGUGUUGGCUUAAUUUAAAGCUUGCUUACAAUAUACAGCAAGAAGUUGAAGAAGAUAAUACGCAUAUUAAAAAAGAAGUCCAGGGUUAUGAGAAUAAUGAAGAGGACUUUGUUUCAAGUAUUUUAAAUGAGGAAGAAAUUAUUGAAGAUGACCAAAAUUCUUUGUUUGAAAGUGUUGAAAAUGGUGUUAUUCUCAUAAAAGGUGAAUUUACUGAUGAACCAGAACUAUUUGAAAACAUAAUAGAAGAGGAAGAGGAACAAGAUGAUGAAAACGAGGAAUUAGAGCAAGGUAAUGGAGAAAAUGAAGAAGAAGCACCGGAAGAAAAUUCAGAAAACCCCACAAUCACGAAAAUUAUCACAGGCGGUACUCAGUUCACUUGUGUGAUUUGUGGUGAUAAUUUAACAGAAGACAGCAUUGAGAGUCAUGUGAGGAAGCACUUUUUGAACCCGCAACAUUGUGACGAAUGUGACAAAACGUUUCCUAACCUAAACAGUUAUAAGGCCCACAUUGUGUCUGAUCACGAUUCAAAGUUUGAGACUUACAAUUGCUCCAAUUGUAAUGCCUCGUUUCAGUACAAGUCUUUGUAUAAUUUGCAUGUUAAAAAGGCACAUAACACGGAUUUAAGACAGAGGUUUGCAUUGAAGAUGGUACGUCCAAAAAAAACUAGUGAAACUGACACUUUUGAAGAUGAGUCAACUAAUGGAAUAUAUACUUGCCCUGUGUGUAAUAAAACUUUCAAUGAACAGGAGAAAAAACGCUUUGAAGUACAUGUUAAGGUGCAUCAAAGAAAAGAAUGCCCCGUCUGUCACGCGAUGAUAACGGUUUCUAACCUCAAAAAGCACGUGAGUGCGCACUCGGCGACGCCGAGCGUGUGUCACCUGUGUGGCGCCACCUGUAAGAAUUACGACAGCUUGAGGGGGCACCUGUACUACACGCAUUCUACCAAUAGUUUUCCUUGCGAGCAUUGCGGCAAGAUUUUUAAGAAAAGUUACGCCAAAAGGUUGCACGUCAAGAAGGAACAUACCGGCGAGAAAAACCACAUCUGCGACACGUGCGGCAAAGGCUUCUUCACCCACUACUGCCUGAACAAGCACAUCCGCAUGACGCACAUGAAGUUGCGGCCGCACGUUUGCGAGCACUGCAACAAGGGAUUCUCGAGCAAGUUCGCCCUGAGAACGCACGUCAGACAGCACACCAACGAUGCGCCCUACAAGUGCGACAUCUGCGGAGAGGGCUUUAGGCAAAACGUCUCGCUGCGCGUCCACAAGAAAAACAAGCACGACAUCGUCGAGGUUAAGAAUUGCGAGUGCAAAGUGUGCGGGAAAAUGUUCGUGUCCAAGUGGGCGGUGCUCAGCCACAUGAGAUUGCAUUGAGGUUAUGUCGCAAUAAACCCCUAAACGUUGUAAAAGUAGUUGUAAUCAUUUUUCUUUUAAUAUUAGUAUAUUGUAUGUAGAUAUUGCUGAUGUUAGUUUAAUUAUAUUUUCACCAAGACUUUAUAAUAAAUUAUAACACAAAA